UCCAGCAAAGAGAGUAGUGUUUGUUGAGACUCCCAACAAGCCAAUCAUCGCGCUGUUGCCCUUGGUAGCCACGUCCAUCAUUUCCUGGCGCCCAAUGAGCGACUGGGGCGGUGCUGAGUCCAGGUGCGCCUCGGCGUCCACUUGGCAGAGCGCCUGGGAGCCGCCUAUGGGCAGGAGAGGAUCUGUCAAAUGCGAGGUUCUUUUAAUAAGAGCGACCAGUCCGGCUCCGAGAGUCAUGGCGACCGCAGCGUCUAACCACUACAGCAUCCUCACCUCCAGCGCAUCCAUCGCGCACUCGGAGCCCGGCGGCAUGCAGCAAUCCACGGCAUACCGGGACGCGCAGAGCCUGUUGCAGAGCGACUACCCGCUGCAGAGCAACAGCCACACGCUCAGCCACGCACACCAGUGGAUCACGGCGCUGUCCCACGGAGAGGGAACCCCGUGGUCCACCAGCCCGCUCGGAACGGAGCAGGAUAUCAAACCAGCGGUGCAAGGCGCCCGGGAGGAGAUGCACAAUUCCAGCAACAACCUGCAGCACCAGUCGCGGCCGCCCCACCUGGUGCACCAGACGCACGGGAACCACCACGACGGCCGGGCGUGGAGAACCACCACCGCGGCGCACAUACCGAGCAUGGCAACCACAAACGGACAAAGCCUUAUUUACUCCCAGCCGGGUUUCGGUGUGAACGGGCUGAUCCCGGGCAGCGGGCAAGGCAUGCACCACCACAGCCUUCGAGACAGCCAUGAAGACCACCACAGCCCGCACCUCAGCGAGCACGGACACCCCCCGUCCCAGCAUCAGCACCAGCACCGGCCGCAGAGUCACCACGACCACUCGGACGAGGACACGCCGACUUCGGACGACCUGGAGCAGUUUGCCAAGCAGUUCAAGCAGCGAAGGAUCAAGUUGGGAUUCACGCAGGCGGACGUGGGACUCGCCCUGGGGACCCUGUACGGAAAUGUGUUUUCCCAAACCACCAUAUGCAGGUUUGAGGCCCUGCAACUCAGCUUCAAAAACAUGUGCAAGCUGAAGCCUCUGUUGAACAAGUGGCUGGAGGAGGCGGACUCCACCUCAGGCAGCCCCACCAGUCUGGACAAAAUCGCGGCGCAGGGCAGGAAAAGAAAAAAACGGACUUCGAUCGAGGUGAGCGUCAAGGGGGCUCUGGAGAGCCAUUUUUUGAAGUGCCCAAAACCGGCCGCGUCGGAAAUAAUCACCCUGGCGGACAGUCUACACCUGGAGAAAGAAGUGGUGAGGGUUUGGUUUUGUAACAGGAGACAGAAGGAGAAACGUAUGACGCCUCCCGGAGGAGCGCUGCCUGGGAGCGAGGAUGUGUACGGGGACACGCCGCCGCACCACGGGGUCCAAACCCCGGUCCAAUGAACUCCACAGGACCGCUCCUCUUGGACUUGUUUAUCCUUUUUAUUUAUCCCCGAGGUUAUAUAUAAAUCACUGGACUAUGAAACCAUCUAGAGGGUGUUUUAUGUAUAAUAUUGCAGUGAGUAUUUACACAAUAUCUGCAGCGAAUAUCUGACAAAUGGGAAAUGGGUGAGGGGGAGGGGGAGGAGAGGAGAGGACGCUUUUUCUCAGCUCUCCCACAACUGAAGCCUGUCUGUGCUUUUCGAGGAUACAUGCCCGCAGCACUGUGACUCCAGUCGGCGCGGUUUCCAGGUGUAGCCCCUGCUCAGACGCGACCUGGUUAAAGGAACGAGCAGGAAAACGGAUCAAACAGAAAGAAGGGAUUUUAGAGAAACGGUAAUAGCAAGAUAGUUUCCACUCUUCUAUUAAAUCCGACGCUUUUGCUGCUGCGUAAAAUGUGGGGAGGCGACGGCCUGUUUGGUUCUGUGCGUGACGAGGGUAGGCGGGUGGUGCUGCUGCGGGUCAAAGGAGCUGCCUUAACGGACUGAUGGAGGCCGGUAAAGGCUCCAGCAUCGCCCGAGUCAGCCUGGCACAACCGAGCCGCGUCAUUUAUUAUUAUUAUUAUUAUUAUUAUUAUUAUUAUUAUUAUUAUUAUUAUUAUUAUUAUUAUUAUUAUUAUUAUUAUUAUUAGUGCAGCUCAUUGGCAAAAUCCGGACAGCAGCGAUGUGGUAAAUUGUUUGACCUCCACAGUCAGCGGGCAACAGCGUGUAAACAACAACAACAACAACAACAACAACAACAACAACAACAAAUAAAGUUCUUUAUUUUCCGCCCAACAAGUGGUGACUAAUAUCUUCCCUCCCUGCUCCAGGAAGGGCUCCACGGUGACUGAUUGGCACUUUCCCACAACAAGACGGGCUAGAUGUCUCAGCUAAAAUAAGAUGGCAGCAAAUCUCACCUGACCUUUAUUCGCUUCUGUAAAUAUUGUAAAAGUUAUUUUUAAGUCAUGACUUCAUCUCUAAUUUUUAUUAUAUUUUUCUCUUUUCCACUGGGCACUUUUUAAUGUUUAGUUUAUCUUAAAGAAACAAGCAGAUGGCGAAGAACCCAGCCUCCACCCAUAGCCCACUGCCUGAUGUCUGAUCAUGUUCAUUUGGUCACCGACAUGAGCUUCAGUCGCGCUUCAGAAACAGUGCGUGUAUUUUUGUAUUGGUUUUCUUUUUAAUUUGUCUAAAUUUUUAUGGAGUUUUGUUCAUUCAUCUAAUGUGUGAUCUAAAAUCCCACUUCCCCAAUAAAAACAAAGCGCUUAAUUCCUUGUAAGGAGAUGAAAAACGAAGCAAAUAAGAGUGUAGAAAUUAUUGGAAUUUCAAGAUACAGAUAGAGACGUUAAUUACGCCUUUGUUACAGAAAUAAAAGUAAUGAGUCUCGGCUUUUUUUUCUUAAAAAUAUUAUGUUCCAAAUAUGACAGCAUAGGAUCAAAAAUUAUUAUUAUUAUUAUUAUUAUUAUUAUUAUUAUUAUUAUUAUUAUUAUUGAGCUCAUUUUUGCCUUUUUUAAUAUGUGAUUUUUUAUAAAGAAAUAAAAUCCUCACACGUUUGAGUUUA